CCACACCAGAGAAAACAAAAUGGCGCAGGGUGUUGAAAUAAGUCAGCUUCAAAUCCCACAUUUAGAAGCGCUUAGGGGUCAAUUAGAAGAAGAAGUCAAAAUGCUGAGUGAUUCUCUGGGGCAACUCAAAGUAGCACAACAGAAGUUCAAGGACUCCAAGGAUAAUGUUGUUAAAAUGAAAAAACAAGAUACAGGAAAACAGAUUCUUGUCCCACUUAGCAGUUCUAUGUAUGUCCCUGGUACUUUAGAAGAUAUCAAGUCUGUCAUGGUUGACAUAGGAACUGGUUACUUUGCUGAAAAGGAUCUUAAAGAUGCAGAGCAGUAUUUUCAAAGAAAAAUGGAUUAUGUUACCACUCAAAUAGAAAAACUUCAACCAAUUCUCAUAGAAAAGCACAAAAUGAGACAAGCUGUUAUUGAGACYAUGAAUGGAAAGAUUCAAGCUCAGCUUCAAAGUCAGGGUGCAGUUCCUACAACUUCAUAAUCUCAAAAUGUUAUUUAAUAGGAAUUUUUAUUAUGUAUAUUUUGCUUUUCUACUAUUGAUAAUUACUAUCCAGCAAAAAAAGGAUGUUUUCUCUUGCUUGUAUGAAGAAAACUUAACAUCCAAAUCAAUUUAAUUUGUGUGAAAAGACUUUUGUUACUAGAUAUACUUGUGUCCAUGGUAAAACGUGUUGUCAGUUGUUGCUUUCGACUUGUUGCAGUUUUAUUUUGUUUACUUCAACUGCAUGUAUAUUUGUUUUGUGAAAAGGAAAAGAGGCAUUUACAAUAAUAAAUGGUUGUUCUUUUAUUAAUAA